AGAGACUACGAAUAUGGGCGAUGUCCACAAAUAUUUGUUUUCAUUCGAAGAUUCGAAGGUUAUCGUGCGGGUUGCCGGUAUGUUUCUGCACCACAUAAACGGAUCACUGGCUGCUAGGGACUAACCAUUGUGGAGCACUUGCUGCUACAAUCAUCGGAUGUCGCAAUUGCAUUCGAAAUCGACAUUUUUCUGCGCAGAUCGUAUUGUGCGAAGCAGUUGACAAACAUGACAACAGACGAUGACCCCACUUUCAAGUACGGCAUCGAAGAAGUACCCUACAUGGACGAACUCAACUCCAUCAUCAGCGAAAUCCGCUUCGGAGUCAACGACGCGCACCUCGCAAACGUGCAGUCGAGUGGACUCGCAAGCUACUUCAACCUCGAAACAAAGGAAGGCAGGCGAAUGUGUAUCUCGAUGACACGUCAGGGAUUCAGAGUCGUGGGCAACAACUUUGACACGACGGACAUCAGUGACGGAAAGACAUACGAGACCAUAAACGCCCUUCUUGACUCUCUGAGUCCUCGCUAUCGCGAGGCAUUUGGUGCUGCUCUUACGGCGAAACUUAAAAAUUUACCCGACAGACAUUGACCGGAUGUUGUGCAUCGUGCAAUCUCUGAAUAUUCCCGGUGUGUUGCUCUGCAAAGUCACUUUCUUUUCGUACGCAUUCAUUAAAAGACACUGCUUUCGCGGACAUUAUUUUAAUGACUUAUAGUGCCCUCAUACUGUGUUACUGACAAGACGAAUUUGAGAAACUUGCUGCACAUGGUACUACAGAGUUCUUUGCCCUCAAAAGACCCUGCAGGAAAUUUUGAUGUAGAAUAGAAUGUGUAAGACCAUCUUUGAUCCCGUGAAAACUUGAAAAUCGUAAGUCUGACCUGCAACAUAUUCAAUCCAAAACUCAUGCAUGCCUACUUACUUUAUUUGCUGACGAAGUUGUCUGUCCCGCAAAAUAAAUUCGAUAUGAAAGCAGGGAGAGCACAUGUCAGGCAUGUUAGUAAUGUUCAAAUGUGGUAGGGAAUUCGAGGAUAUAAACACUGUGUCUACGCCCUCCUGCAUUCCCCACCGUGUUCGAACAACAUGGAAGCUACCUACUCUAGCGUCUUUGCUGUAACUACACUACGAGGUCCACGCCAAGUUUACAUCCCAUUUGUGCUUAUUUAUUACGCUGCCGAGAUUAGAAGCUAAAGAAAAAGUGCUCCAUGCAAUCGAUACUCACAACAGGUACAACCAUGUUUACGUUCGUCUUGCAUAAUAUUGUACGUUUUGUUUGCUCAAGAGCACAUAUGGGGGUGUACAUGUACGAGGCUCAGCCUCUGUUCAGUCGUGCAGUAUUGUGCUGGGAGUGCAGAACCAGCUUGACCAAUUGUGAGUCUUUCGAAACAUAGCAAAGUUCCUACCAGCUCAUACUUGUUACGUAAUUCCACUGCGUGUGCUGUGCAUUGAUAGCAUAUACUUUUACGUUAUUUAGAAAUAUCUUUUUCUUUAGAAAGUUUUACCUGUGCUUCCAAGCAGUAGUGCAUCCUGUAUGCAAGGAAAUAGGCACAAGAUUUGAAACUCAGUCUAGCAUCUGUGAAGUUCUGCACGUUCUAGUCAUUUGAAUUCUGUGUACCUGUAAUAUACGUAGCUCUUUCAUCAUAGUAUUGGGUGGUGUUGUUUUGACAACUUCGAACGAGUGCCAAAGUAUGAAUGUACCUGGGUGGUGUCACACUGGCAGAUGUGGUUGUGUCUGCACCUGCUAAAUCCGUUAACGUCCCCCCCCCCCUUUUUUUUGUCCUCUGUGUUCAAGAUUUUAUACCUACCAGCAGAGAGCUAUGUCAAGCGUUUCAGGAAAAGCACACACGUUAGUAAAAAGAGCGAUGUAAGAGGAUAGUCGAUACAUUUAUUAACACAUAAAAUAGACAAAGCCUCCCCAUGCUAGCACUCGAGGCUUUCGUUUGGUACCUUAAACUAAUUUACACAUUUACACAAUAGGUGAGAGGUCCUCGAGAAAGGGGGCCUCGACGUGUCUACGACCUCCGCAGCGGAGCGUGGCAUCAAAUGCAUUGCUGGUGUGAUACCACUGGUGUUUUAUAUGGUGAAGAGCUUGUGAAAAUGAAACAAUAUUUACAUAAUUGAAAGGAAAAAAUAAAGGCUUAUAUACAUUCCC